AACAGGAUCGGCGGCGACGCGCAGCUCUGGCAAGCCUGGCCGGCAGGCUCGAUGACGGUGUGCUUUGCAGAGGAUGAGGAGCGACGCGAUGACCGCAACUGCGUCCAUCGUGAACGCUGCCCUGCUCGCCGCCGUCAUUCUGCUGCCUGCGCUCGGCCAGCCAGCUCGCCAGGGGAAGCCCGCCGACGAGUAUUACGACGAGGAGACCUACUACGAUGAAAAGGCCGCCGACGGUUCCGCCGAUUUCGCCGAUGACCUCACAUACGCGCAGUACGACCAGGUGACUGUCAAGGCGAGUCCGGCGAGCAGCAGCUCAUCACAACACGAAACCAAAACCCCGAAGAAGGCUGCAUUAAAGGUGCCGGCCAAGGUUCCUGCCAAGGUUCCAGCCAAGAUUUCGGCCAAGGUCCCGGCGAAGAUCCCGUUCAAUGCCCCAACUAAUGUGGUGCCAGCCAAUGUCCCCGCCAAGCUCCCGGCUAAGGCCCCAGCCAAGGUUCCGGUCAAAGUUCCGACUAAAGUCCCGGUGGAUGUGCCGGUCAACACAUCGACCACCGUCUCGUCGACGUCUUCUCUCAGUGGCAACAUAACUAUGCCCAGCACGCGGAGCGUACUCUCCGCCAUGCAGCAACUUCUCGCCAAGUCUAGCAAAACGACAUCGCCCAACGAGAGAAAUUGGAGUAAGCAUCGUGAACAUCACUAA